CAGAGGAAGUGCUUUUUUAAAUAGACGGAACGAAUUAAUAUAUUCGAUACGCAAUAUAAUUAUCGUUAGAAACGAUAGCUUUGAAUUUGUUUAAAUUUGGUGUUUGCUUUUAAAAACCUUUAGUUUCACCAGGAAUAUAAUUACAUUCAUUUAAAGCGUAGCCUACUUAACGUAGUUCCGAUUUGUAACAGAAAAUUAACCUUAUACCGUUUAAAAUGUCACCACUAAUAAGGUAAUAAUCUGUGGAUCCUUUUAAAAAUUAAUUGAAACGGAGUAGGCAAGGGUAUAAUGAUUCGUUGUUUAAACAUACAUAGUAUGUAGUACUAAACUAAAACGCUAAGCACAUAGAGCAUUAAAACUAAACCAAGAACAGCAAUGAAACAAAAACAGCUACAUCUCGAAGAUGUGUCCACGGUUCGCAUCCUGAUGCUGGGCGAUAAAGGUGUGGGUAAAACUAGUUUAACCAAUUUGUUGGCCAGUAGUGCCAUUACUCCAACGCCCGCCUCCCGAACCGUGGGCGAGAGAUCGUGGAAUAUCCAGGUGCGUCUGCACGAGUAUCCCAUUUCGGUGACCUUGCCACUCACGCCCAUAUGGACAUCACCUUCCUCCUCUGAGGGCUCCGGAAAAUAUCCGUAUCGGGAUACCAGAGCGCCAAACUCCUCCAACGAUAUCCUGUACUUUGUGGAGUUCUAUGAUCUAAGCAGCGAGUUGCGCAUGCGGCGCGAGCAUCGCGAUAGUUUCUAUAAGAAUAUCGAUGGCAUUGUCCUCGUUUACAAUCUGCAGGACCUGCGCUCUCAGGACAACCUGCACGAUUGGUUGUACGAUCCCUUGCGUCAGAUUUGCAAGUAUCGCCAUCGGCGCACGCGUCCCAUCUUGAGGCGCCAACAUGUCCCGAUCCUGGUAGUCGGCACUAAGUUGGAUAAGCUGAACUUCCGACCAUUGCGUCGCGGCGGUAGCAUUGCCCACCAGCUGAUGUCCGACGAGAUCCUGGUGAACUGCCAGGAUCCCGCGAGCUUCGCGGAAAGGAGCCGCAAUGAAGGCAAGCUGCGCAGCUUUCUCGAUCGCGUCGUUGAGUUCAAGGAGCGAUUUCCACUCUCACGAUCCCGCCACCCUUGAACAGAUCUCAUCUUAUAUUUUCUAGUUCCUUGUUGAUUUUUAAUAAUAUUUAUGAAAAAGAUGUAAAGGAGAUUUUGGUUUUCUAGCGUAUGGUAAGGGAUCUAAAAGUUGUUUCCA